AUGACGAGCAGCACAGGGGCGACGGCGCGGACCCCCGGCCGCCCAGGACUGGACGCCAGGAAGCUGGUGACGUUCAGCAUCACAAGGACAGCGCGAGCGUCGGAGACGACAUUUCCGGACGGCCGUGGCCCCGGCGCUCCCGCGUACCGCACACGCGCUGUCACCCUCGGAGGCGCCACCAUCCUGGCGAGGUACCCACCCCCUCCUCAGGAACUGAACCCCCCGGAGAAGCCUCCACCUUCUACAGCAAGCAUCGCCCUGACUGGUAGCUGGAACCUCGGCCCCUGGGGAGCAUCACUGAAGGCAAGAAGGUGUUUAUUACAGACAGGCUGGCCAUCUCCACCCGACAGGUGGCUCAAGAGGCUCCUGGACUUGGCCCGACGGAGCCCUGGAGAGAAAACGCCCCCCAGAGGCGUUACCGUCCUUCACCCCUCGGCUGCACCACCGUGGGGGCCGAGCGUGCAGCGUGAAAACGAGCCCUCCUUCCCUCUCCUGGCUCUCGGCCACCCGCAGUCAUUUCUGGAGCGACGCCCAGCUCCCCAGCCCUCUGUGUCGCCUGGCCCAGAGCUUGCAGAAGCCCCCGGAAAAGGGGAGCGGGCGGGGGGGGGGGGCGGUGCGCAGAAGCUGGAGUGUAGACUGCAGACACUCUCACUCAGAGUCGUGAUGUGACGGGCGGGGCUCCCGGAGACGGUGACUUUUGCGCAGGAACCUUGACAUCAGCCCGUCCGGCUUCAUGGAGCACCUGUGGUGCCAGCCAGGCGCGAGGACACCCUCAGAGGCGAGGCCGCCACUGUGCUAAGCAGCUCCCGACAUGCGCUUGUGGUCCGCGGGGGGGCGACACAGACACGGGCCCUUCCCCAGUUCCCACGGUGGUCUCCGAGACUGUCCCCGGGCCCUCAGGGCUCAGCGUCCAGUCAGAGAGGAAGCGGACAGCCAGGGUCAACGCCGCACAUGCCGAGGGUCCCGAGCCAGCUUCCUCCACGUGGAAGGAGAUGGGGUUCUUUCAGGCUGUUUGAGGCUCAUCUCCAUGGACGGACACCUUGCUUGUCCGCGCUCGGCUCUGGCCACGCGGGGUGGUUGCGACGCGUGCUUCUACAUCGAGGUGGCUUCUCGGCAGAGCCCCACCCCUGCCUGGGCCUCCACCGGCAGCCACACACCCAGGAGGGGCCAGCUUCACCCCCACCUGCCAGGGCACUGGCAGCUGCCAGCCUUGAUUCCUUCUAGACUCAGAGGCCAGCCGUGCUCUCUCCCAGACGCUGGAUUCCAGGAUCAGUACGACAGGAUUAAAAUCCCAAUCCCGACAAUUUA